AUGGCGGAGGAGAGUAGGAAGGGGGUCGCCGGAUCGGUGUCCUCCGUGACGUACCUGAGGGCCUCCUCAGACGACCGGAAGCUGCCGGCGACGGCGCCGGCUCCGGCGGCGGGGACGGGGGCCGCGGCCAGGAAGAUCACCUUCAAGAGCGCCGACAUGAAGGAGGAGAUGCGGCAGGAGGUCUUCGAAUGUGCUCGCAUCGCGUUCGAGAAGUACACGGUGGAGAAGGACAUCGCGGAGUACAUCAAGAAGGAGUUCGACAAGAACCACGGCCCAACUUGGCACUGCAUUGUCGGUCGCAACUUUGGUAACUCCCAGUGA